UCUUCGUAUUGUAUUCGUCUCCUUCUGUGUCCUCUUUUGAUAACAAAAUACACCUUUAGCUCAAAUCAGUGACGUUAAAAAUUGAGUUUCGAACAUCCAAAUUAAGUUCAGAGCAGGAACUUACAAGUCUAAAGUUUCAGUAUCAAUACGCAGACUGAUAUUGAUCCACUGGUACGCUGUAAAACAGAAGCUGAAACAUGGAGUUGUAUUUGGAAUAAACUUUGGAAACUUUGCUUGGUGUUUAUAGAGAUGUCACCGAGAACAUGUGUAACAUCUUCCGCGCAGGAUUUGUGCCGUGGAUCAUACUCUCCGUGACUCUCGCCUCAGGCUCCGAUGACAACAUAAACAUCACAGCUGAGUCUGGACAGAACAUCACUUUGCCAUGUCGAGCUCACAACAAUCAGAAGCCCAUCAUAGUUGUAGAGUGGAUCAGAUCUGAUUUGGGGGCAGGUUAUGCCUUGUUGUUCCAGGAUGGGCACUUUGUUCCAGAUUAUCAGCAUCCGUCUUUUAAGAAUCGGGUGGAUCUUCAGGACAAGCAGAUGAAGGAUGGAGACAUGUCUCUGAUUCUGAACAACGUGACGCCUGCUGAUAGUGGAACAUAUGAAUGCCAUGUCGUCAUGCGAGGAGCAAACCAGAGGGAGAGAGUAACAGAGCACACCUGUACCAUCGAGCUAAAGAUUCUUCCUCUUGUCCAGAUAAACACGACAGCUGGACAGACAGUCAUUCUGCCAUGUCAAGUUUCAAACCUUGACAGCAAUCCCAGUGUUGUUAUAGUGUGGAGCAGAACCGAUCUGGGGACAGAACAUGUCUUCUUUUACCAGGACCAGAAGUUUAUUCCAGAUGACCAGCAUCCAUCUUUUAAGAACCGAGUGGAUCUGCAGGACAGAAAGAUGGAGGAUGGAGACGUGUCUUUGAUUCUGAACAAUGUGACAAUUAAUGACACUGGAACAUACGAGUGUUGUGUCUUCAUGAAGGGAGCAAAACACAGAAGGAGAGCAAAACUGGAUAGUGACCUCAUCAGUGUUGUCAACCUGAGAGUUGUUCCUCCAGGUCAGCCAGGAGGACACACAGAGGAUGGAGUCAUUGGAUAUAAAGUCCUGGCAUUCUACUGAAGUAGGGAAGGCGUCAUUAGAUGAUGACUACCAUCUGCGUUGGAGAGCCGUCCCUGGCACUGCCCCCUAAAACCACUACACCAUCCCUCCCAUGCAGCUGAGCCACCGACCACACUAUGACCAGAUCAGGAGCUCCCUUCUGGAUGAAAUCAGUUAAGGAGCUGGUCAGCUCUGCAAAGCCUGGCAUGAACCGGGGUAAUAACCAGUCAGCAUCAAAAACUGUCUCACCUGCUUUUUGGUCUUGGAAUGCAGGCAGGAUCCCAUAGCUGUUUUGUCCAUUUCAGGGUGCAUCUGCCCGCCUUCCAAGUAUACCCCAGGUACUGUAAUGUUUUUGGUUCAACAGCACAUUUCUUUGCAUUGACCAUGAGCCCCGCCUCCUUCAGGGACUCCAGGACUGCAGCCACCCACUUCCAAUGGUCCUCUCAGGUGUCACUAUGGAUAAUGACGCUAUCCAGAUAAGUAGCAGAUGGGGCCCCGACCAAGCUGAAGGGAAGUGUGAUUACUUUUUCCAACCUGUCGGAGUGGAGAAGGACAUUUUUUCUGUAGAUUGUGGAGAGAAGGGGUUCCGCCAGAAGCCUUUGGUAGAUAUGAGUUUUGUGAAAAUGGAGCUGUGACUAAUCAGUCCAGGACCUUGUCGACCCAGGGCAUGGGGGACACCAUGAGGAAAGUGGAGAUGAAGUAUGGACAGAACACCACUAGGUGACAGACCAGUGUGAUCAUGAGGUGAAGGGAAGUGAAGUCAAAAGGCCAAGCUGCAGAGAGAAUUGCAACUUUUCAGGUGAAUAUAUGGACAAAAUAAAAGAGUCCAUCCAGCAGAGCUGUCGUCCUCCUCACAGCUCAGAGACACAAAGUCUCAUUUUAAAAAACUGAGCGCUGCUGGGACUCACAGUCAGACGAGCUGUGAGGAGGAUGUUUUGGGAAAUUAUGUACACAAAAUAAAUUAUCUUCUUAUAGUCUGUUAGAACCACUCAAAUCUGAAGUCUCAGACAGUCUGCCACCUGUGAUUAAAUUAACUCUGUCAAAUACUGAUCAGUUUUGUGAAUCUGGAAUUUUUAAAGGUGAAUAUACUUCCUUCAUUCUUUUAAAGGGCAAAUAUUUAGCAGGCUUCAGUAGUGAUGGUGAGAUGAAGCCUCGUGAUGAACUGAAGCUUUCCAUCCAACUGGUCGACUCAUGGUUCGAAGCAUUGUGAUGAUUCAUUGGCUCUGCUGCGCCAUCAAGUGGACGAUUCAAGUGAAACAAGCUCUGUGAUUUAUAAUGAUGUGAUGUGUAAACCUCUAAACUAAAUAAAUAAAUUGUUUUCAUGGUUAUUUAUUCCGAAUAUUAUCUCAGUAUGUCUGAUACAAAAGAAAGUGGAAACUAUCAGGACAACGUUUUGGUAUGAUUAACUGUGUAAUCAUGCUUAUGUACAUCUGGAUAAUGACACAAACUAGUGUGUGGUGCUUCACUUUUUAAUAAACUAAAAGACAGAAAUUAGAAUAUAGGA